CUUCUCUGCGCAGCCCGCGACGCGGACGGCCGAGAUGUCCUCGCAGAUCGACGCCGCGGAGGCGAACGACGGCUGCGUCGGUCCGGCGAGCGAGCGGGCGGGCACGGCCGAAGCCUGCGAGGGGUGCCCGAACGCGGCGGCCUGCGCGUCGGGCGCCGGGCGGGCCGCGCCCGAGGACCCGACGCCGGGGCUCGUGCGCGACCGCCUCGCGGGCGUCAAGCACGUGCUCCUCGUGCUCAGCGGCAAGGGCGGCGUCGGCAAGUCGACGAUGAGCUGCCAGCUCGCGCUCGCGCUCGCGUCGCGGGGCUACGACGUCGGCCUCCUCGACAUCGACAUCUGCGGGCCGUCCGUGCCGCGGAUGAUGGGCCUCCGGGGCCGCGGCGUGCACCAGUCGUCGAGCGGCUGGUCGCCGGUCUACGUCGACUCGCCCGGCGGCGAGCUCGGCGUCAUGUCCGUGGGCUUCAUGCUGCCCGAGGACGACAACGCGAUCAUCUGGCGCGGCCCGCGGAAGAACGGCCUCAUCAAGCAGUUCCUCACGGAGGUCGACUGGGGCGACCUCGACUUCCUCGUCGUCGACACGCCGCCGGGCACGUCCGACGAGCACAUCUCCAUCGCGCAGUACCUCAAGCUCGCGGACGUCGCCGGCGCGCUCGUCGUGACGACGCCCCAGGAGGUCGCCAUGCAGGACGUGCGCAAGGAGCUCAACUUCUGCGCGAAGACGCGGAUCCCGGUCCUCGGCGUCGUCGGGAACAUGUGCCGGCUCCGCGUGCCGCUGUCGUCGCUCGAGUUCGUCGACCGGCGCACGGGCAGGGACGCGACGGCGGAGAUCCGGCGGCUCCUCCGCGAGGCGGACCCGAUCCUCAAGGAGGUCUUCGACGACGUCGACGCGUCCGUCGACGUCUUCGCGUGCGACGACGCGGCGGCGUCGCCCGCGGCCAUGGCGGCGGCCUUCGGCGUGCCCUACCUCGGCGACGUGCCCCUGGACCCCGUCCUCCAGCGCGCCUGCGACGCGGGCCAGUCCCUCGUCGACGACUUCCAGCACGCGUCGUCCUUCGCGCCCUUCAGCGCGGUCCUCGGCGCGCUCCUCACGCACCUCGCGGCGAACGACGCCCUCGCGAAGAGCGCGGCGCCGUCCUAGGGGCCGGGCGCGCCUAGUUAUUCUGCGAAAACUUGU